UUAACAGGUUUUGAUCUUCCAGGUCAUCCAGCUAAUUCCAGCUCCAGGAAACCUGCAGUAUGGGAUCAUCCAGCUGCCCUCAGAGCCAUAAUCGUGGUGAUGACGACCGUCAUCAUCGCUCUAGUAGCAGCUUUGAUAGUGGUAACAUCUAAGCAGCCUCCUCCAUGGCCCCCUGCUGCCUCCUGGUGCCCGGACGGCUGGAUCCGGAUCCAAGGGAAAUGUUACUAUUUUUCUAAGGCUGAGGAGAACUGGACCUACAGCCAGAGCUUCUGCUCGUCACACGGUGCCUCCCUGGCAGGGAUUGAGAGUCCGCAGGAGCUGGGUUCCCUGCUGCCAUAUGAAGGCAGACUGGACCACUGGAUCGGCCUCCGGAAGGACACGGGCCAGGUCUGGAAAUGGGCCGACGGGACCGAGUUUGACCGUCGGUUUGAAAUACAAGGAGGAGCAGACUGUGUGUGCCUGGAUGAAGACCUCACUGUCACCACGUCAAGCUGCAGCACACCAAGAAAAUGGAUCUGCAGUAAACCUGAUACCCCUGCGAAGGGAGAGGAGGGAGCAGUGGGAGGGGAUUCAUGAACUCAAGGGAAUUGGAGACCAGCUGUGACAAAGCCUGGUUCUAGUCCCCUCCAUGCUGCAGCCUGGUUCCCUGUUUCUUAGCCUGUCUCCAGGGUUUGUCCUGUCCUAGUCAUCAAUUACCCUAAUGCUGGGUGCCCAGACAGCAAAUGUGAAAAAUCGGGAUGGGGGUGGAGGGUAAUAGAAGCCUAUAUA